CGGAAGUGAAACCAGCCUACCAGUGUACAGUUGUGUGAGGCAACCGUUGCUGCUCUGUAUCCUACACUUACUAGCUUUAACACUCGUGAGGUACAAGUUGAACUCAUUUCACUCGCCAGUAUGUCCGUUUUGUGUUAUAACAAAGGAUGUGGACAGCGAUUUGAUCCGGACAAUAACCCAGACGGUGAGUAGCAGCAUAGUAGUCAACUCUAGCUGUAUCCUGUGAUAGUCUGUUAGCAAGCUAGCGUUAACCUUUGAUGAUCUGGAAAUUUCUGUAGAGAGUAGGCCAGGAGAGCCCGUGUAAGUUAGCUACCACGAUAGUAACAAACUUGAAGCUCAGUUUUAUCUUAAAUUGUGUCUAACAUUGCGGAAAGUUAACGACACGUGGGCCUGCUGAGACCGAGUACGCGGUUGUCUUCACGUUAAGCUCUGUUAUUAGCUUUAGCAGGUAUAAAGGUAACGAGACUUGGCUGAACCAUUGUCCCAGACCGGACAUUGAUACUGUGACCCAUUCAAAGUUAGCUACAGUUUGAGGAACAUAGGAACCAGCUCUUCAGAUACCAGAGUACAUUUAUCAACGCUGUCCACGUGUGAAACCAGACAGAUUAAACCUCCAACAAGAGAGCUAUUAUCUACAAAUACAAAUAUGAGGCUAAUAAUGACUGUAAUGAGGAUAAUUUUAUCACAUUUAUUGUUUGAAAAGAUUUACUAUUGCGCUAGUUUGGGGGGGAUGCUUUGAAUAUCAUACACAUCUCCACUUGCACAUGGCUUGUCCAUUUCAGUCAGCAUGUGAUUGAUGCUACCUAAACGAGACAUAACUUCAACGAAACUAUCAUGGUGAAUAAAACUUGAUCAGAGCAGUGACUGGUAUCCUUGAAACUGAUUGGCUGUUGUGGAUAUAUGCUAAAUGGAGAGCUACACAGCCCACCGUAUUCCAUUUAAAGUUCCUGUAAGGAACUUUCCAUUUGUGUGUGUGUGUAUCUUCUUUAUCCCAUGAUAGUGUUGUUGUUUUUUUUCAUGAUUCAAGAUUUGUUUAUUUGUCAUGUGCAUGUUAAACAAGGUCAACAGUGCAAUAAAAUGCCCUGGAUGAGAGGACUGCUCGACUCAAAGGGGUACAGAUAAAACACACAAUAGUACUGAAAGAAUACAAUAAAAUAAGGAUACAAAAAAAAGAAAAAAAUGUAUAUACAGUACAGGCCAAAGGUUUGGACACACCUUUUCUUUCAAUGUCUUUUUUUAAUUUUUUAUAUGACUAUUUACAGUGUAGAUUAUCACUGAAAGCAUCAAAACUAUGAAUGAACACAUGUGGAAUUUUGUACUUAUAAAAAAAGUGUGAAAUAACUGAAAACAUCUUUUAUAUUCUAGUUUCUUUAAAGUAGCCACCCUUUGCUCUUGAUGACAGAAGUAACCCUGACAAGGCACAGCUGUGAAGUAAAAACCUUUUCAGGUGACUACCUCAUGAAGCUCAUUGAGAGAACAGCAAAAGUUUGCAGCGCUAUCAAAAAAGCAAAGGGUGGCUACUUUGAGGAAUCUGAAAUAUAAAACUUUCACUGAGAAUCUACAAUUUAAAUAGUAGUGUGAAUAAAGAAAAUGCAUUGAAUGAGAAGAUGUGUCCAAACUUUUGACCUGUACUGUACAUAUAUAUACAUAUAUUAAAGAUGAAUUAAGGUAUAAGAGAAUUAUUUACAAGUGAAAAAGGAGAUAUUUACAAGGUGAGGUGAACAUAGUGGUGAAAUGGAGGGUAAGCCGGUGGGAUAAAUGAGGUAUGAAAAUUGCUGUAUUGCACAUGAUUAAUAAUGGUGUACAAAUGCUGUAUUGCACAUCAUUUGACAAAAAAUGUCAUCCUGCUGACCUUUGAAAGUCAAAUGUAUUCUAUAUAAAGACUUUUUUAAAAAUAGGACUGUUUCUUCAGCUGCAGGAUAGGAUAUAAAAAUCAUCAAACAUUUUGCUGAUGGUUUUGUUUGCUUUGGGAGAUAAUAAGAAGGCAUCAUUGUGAAUCUCAGCCAUUUCAAAAAAGUGACAAAACACCUCACAAAAAUGUAGUUAUAUAGUUUGUGAUAAUGGACUUCAUUUUAAUGCCAUCUUAAAAAGAACAUAUAUCUUUUUAUUUUUAUUCCACUACCACUCUACCUCCAGAAAGUGCAAUAUUACUCAUCACCAUGCUGCUAUUUUACCCUUAGUUUUUAUUGUUUAUCUGUAUAUUAAAUUCAACACCAUCAUACUGUGAUAUGGAAGCCAAGCAACAACAUUUCGUUGCAGAGAGAAAUCACUGCUGAAUGACAAAUAAAGAAAGUCUAAGUCUAACUGGCUGGAGCAUGUUUAGAUGAAAAUUGGCCUUAUAAAACACCAUUUUAAAAACCUGUUCAAAACAUUGUUAUAACUUUUUUAUAACUUUUCUUGACUUUCAAAGUUAACCAGCGAAGAGUUUAGUCAUCCUCCAAAAACACCACAGGCCUUGACAGAUAAGGUCACAAUGUGUUACAAUGCAUUUCCCUCACCAGAACAGCAUACAAAUCCUCGAUAUUGCAUCAUGUAAUGAACAAAAAUCCCUAGGGCACUUAAAUAUUUAAUGUCACUCAUCAUCAGCUUGAUUAAAAAAAAGAAUCUCUUUCUCUUUUCAAAGCAGACAUGAUGUGGUAUUUUAAGGCUUGGUUCACCGUUGACAGCAUAUAUCAUCAAGUAAUUCGCUGAUCACAAAAUAACCAGUUAAAUAGUUUUCUUUUUGUAGGUUCAAAUACUUUUAGGAUGACGGUACCUGAAUGAGACCAUGAGAAUGUUCACUCAUGCAAGGUUAUGCAGGGAUAAAUUACUGCCAUUAUAAGUUUCCUUACUUAGAAAGUUUGCUCACGACACCCGUUGUUUAUGAAGCCACUGAUCUCUAUAUAAUUGAACGUUCAAGGUGGUAUUGUUGGCUUCAUCCCGGCAGUAAAGGCUCACUGAGUCCUUUAUUUCCCUUUCGUUUGAAAUGUCUGCCCGUGUUUUCAAGGGAGUGUUGGGCAGUACACAUAAAGUCGGGUUUGAUUUCCAUUUUAAUCAGAUGCCUCUUUUCAUAACAGUGGAGUAUAUUAAUGUUAACUUAGGAGUAGCUGAGAGGUGUGUCUAAGGCAAUAGCAGAGAGGGGGCAAAGGUCAGAGGAGACUUUGAAUAACAUGCUUAAUUUAUGGUGUCAUGGAGGCAUUUCUAUGUUGAUUUUUCCUGAUGUUUCUUUCAGGGCAAAGUCCUGGUAGAGGUCUUUUUAAAAUACAUUGUAAUUGCAAUUUAAGGCAAAGUUGAGCUCAAGUUUAAAUAAAUUGUCAGCCAUUUUUUUCUUAACUUUAAGUCCCUGUUGUUUAUACAUUACAGUUGAAUACCACUAUAAGCAUUUUGAUACAGGUUUGACCCUUAACAGUCAUCAAGUACUGCCUGAACAGUCCAUUUACCAGCUGAGUGCACAUACAAAAAAAAAGAAUAACAAUGCAGCCUUUUGCCGUUUAGUUUCUAAGGUGUUUUCACACUUUCUGCUUCAUUUUGGAGUCCUUGCAUGCUGUUUAGUUCAGUUCGCUCAAGGCCGUUUUUGCAGAAAGCACAUGAAAUCACCGCUGUUCCAAGUGAGAGAUGUUCUGUACAAAUAAAGAAGCAGGUACAAACUAAACGUCACCAGUUGUGAAGUCCAAGAGAGGGUUCAGCAAGACUUGGAAAUCAUUGAAGAAUAUUAUUAGAUGAUGAUUCCUGCAACUUUUUUUUAAGCUGCAAGUUUUCUAGUCAGUAAAUGUUUUUUUACAAACAUAAAAGUUUGCUCUGAAGGAAUCAAAUAUCUCCUUUUUUCCUACAGAGGGCUGCACCUAUCAUCCAGGCGUCCCUGUAUUCCAUGAUGCACUGAAGGUAGGAACCAAAAUAUGGAUGUUUACUCUCUCUCUCUUUUCUGGUUAAACUCAUUAUCCUUCUGAUUUUCUUCAGGGAUGGUCCUGUUGCAAGAGGAGAACCACUGACUUCUCAGACUUCCUCAGCAUUGUUGUAAGUUUUUAGUCAUGAUAGUCACUUUUUACUGCGACCAUAUUGGCCCGAGCACUGAUUGUCUCUGAGUUGAUACAGUGACUUUUUUUUCUUGUGUGUAGGGCUGUACAAAAGGUCCUCACAACAAAGAGAAGCCCCCUGAGCCGGUGAAACCAGACGUGACCUCAUCGGGGGAAAAGAGGGAAACUGAUGACCAAAAACCAAAGUUCAACGAAUACAUCAUCUCUGCACCAAAACCUCAGGAGGCGAUACACAGACCAAGGUUCCUGCUUUCUGUAAUAAUAGUUUGGUUUGUUUUUAGAACAAAUGUGGCAAAUCCAGCUGUCACUAUGUAGCAAACCCUCACUUCAUCAUGGCAGUGUUAUAUGAAAAUUAUUUGGAGAAUGUACAGUGAUUUUAGAGUUUCUGCACUUUUCAAAUCAUUACUUUUUUUGUCUUAAAUAGUGUUCAUAAAACACUACUAAAGGAUUAAGAUAUACCAAAAAGAACCACUUUUUCUCUAUUCAGGUCACACAAAAAAACACUCACACUUUAAACUAGUCAUCUGUUUUAUCACCACCGAUUUCAUUGUGCCCAGUGUCCUUGGUUAAAUGCCCUGUGAGGAGUGAUCAUUUUAUGCUGAUUCGGGACAAAAUUUAGAAGUGCAUCUUCAGGAUGACGACUGCAUUUCCCAUCAGCGCCAUCAACCACUUAGCUACAAAUUUAUGUGGUUCUUUCCAAAGCAUUUAGUCUUGUAAGAACAUAAAUGAAACACAAAUCUUCUUUUUAAUACAAAUUUUCUUUGUACCAGACUACUUAUUUUCAAUAUCCAGGGUGUUGAGAUGAUGUCUAAAUUCUUAGCUAAGUGAAAUUUUUAACUGUGACAAGACAAAGAAAAAAUUUUGUGAACUUUGACGUAGUACUGUUGGUUAGGUUUACUGAUUUAACAUAACCCGUCACAGUCCCGGUGUACCAUUAAACACACAUAUGAUAUGAACAUGCGCACAGCUGAACUCUUUUGCCCUCAAAGAGCAGUACAGCGCUGAAACACCAACAUAACCUUUAAACCUUGUUCAUCGUCGAUUUAGUCUUUCACUUAGCAAGCCCUGGUUGUAGAGUUUCUUCCUCUAGAAUAAAACAUCAACACAACAUGUCUGUUUGCUAGCCAUGCACCAGUAUCAGCCAUUAUGAUACUGAUCACAGAAAAAGGAAGAAACUCCAUUAUCACUGACAGAAUUUUAACGAACCCAAACGCAGCAUAAAAGUGCACCAAUCCCCUUGCUAAUAAUCUCAUUUUACUGCGUAGGUCAGAAAGAGGCAUCAGUGGUCGAGUGAGACUUUUUUCAGACUCAGCUGACGUUCCCACAGUUCCCCAAGUAUCGGAUAGAAAAUAGGAACAGUUUUUAUUUCCAGAGGAUCCAUUCAGAAUAGUCUGCGUACUUUAACGGCAUGUUAGUGAAGAAUUUUGACGAGUGACUGAUAAGACAAUAAUUAUGAAUAAAAAGUGAAACUCCUUUCAAGUGGUGUAAUGGUCUACGACUGUAUCAGAGGCCCAUUUUAAAGUGUUGUAAGUGAUUAUUAAUUUAUCAAUUUUACAUAAAAAACGCACAACCUUUUACAAUCAGCAUUGCCGAACUAUUAAAUCUGACACAGUCAAUUUCUCCCUUUUUUAAUCGUUUCUGUCUCUUUGCCGUUGUAGCCCUGAUGAGCCGAUGGUGAGGAUGCAGCAUAAAGUCUCAUCCUCCCUGAAGCAGGCUCUGGAGAAACUCAAACUUUGUGAAAAUGCGGCAGAAAAGAAAGGUGAGCUUACAACUUUAUCUCCUCCUUCUUCGUCCUCUUUCCCUCUUUACUGUAGACUACAAACCAUGCCCUGCUCUACUUGACAGGAAGGUCAUGUUGACUGUGAAAGUUAAUGGACAGCCUCGGGGGAUUAGUCCUCACUUGUGUCGUUCACAUCAUGACUUUUGAGUGAAAGCAGACCGGACAACUCAUCAUAACUGCAGAUGCAUUUUUUUCAAGCUCUUUAAAGUAUGGGUGUCAACUGUCUGUCUCUCUUCAUUCAUGUGUCCGCCUUUCUAGAGGAAGAAAGUGACGAAAUCAAGAUGGGAACAUCGUGUAAAAAUGGAGGAUGUACCAAAGUAAGUGAAUGUGUCAGUGGAAUAAAUCCCUUUAUCAUCUGUAAGGCUCUGAGAAACGCUUCCUGUUUUUAAUAUUUGGCUGCUUAAUCAUACAAAUUAAUUAUUGUGGAAUCAGCUAGUAGGUUUCCUCUGCCUCUCAUUUUCUGAGCCAAAUUAAAUUCUGUGAACGGAGUUCAUUAAACAAAUACAAAAACAAAUCAUGAUGAUCAAAGCAAAUCCCGGCCAAGAAAUCUAAGUGUCCCAGAAGAGCGAACAGCUCUGGAUAAGGGGGAAGUAUUGUACAUCCUAUUCCUCAUCCUCCUCCACGUUUGCUCACAGAUAAAUGCGCAGCAAAAAUAAAUUCUCUCGAGUUAAUCCAACCUGUCAGAGCAGAAACCCCCAGAUUAGAGAGUAAAUUAUGAGGAAGAUUUGCAUUGACUUGAGCUUGGGAGAAGCUUGAAGUUGGACUUGAUGAUUUACAUAAUUGGACUUUAACUGAUUUGAUUGAAAGCCAUGAGAUAUUCUCUCAAGGGCUGCCUGCUUUUAGUAGAUUAAUUAGUUUGGUUUUACUUGAGAGAAAAGUUGUGCUUUUAGCAAGUUUUUUUAUUAAUUAACAGUCUGGAGAUUAGUGAUCGUCUGAACUAAAAAAUACUUAAAAACGAUUUCACAAGUAGUGGUUUAUCUUUGCAGAUAAAUAUGAAGGUAUGAUAAGAUCUCCUCUCUGUGGAGUAGUUCGAUUAGUUUAGUUUAGGACAAUAACGCCUUGUUUGUAUUUUUUAAUGACGUCAAAUCUGCUUCAGUGUUUUUAAACUCACUUUUUCAUCAUCCCCAGAGUUUUGAUGGGCCUGCGAGUGAUUCAGACGUUUGCUCAUACCACCCUGGAUUUCCUAUUUUCCAUGAAGGGUCAGUAAAGCUAACCUCUUUCUGUUAUUCAUGUGUAUUUUUAUAUCUGACCUUAAAAAACCUUACACACUUUAUUGACACACAGUCGUAGACAAACAUGGAAACAGAAGAAAGUAUUUCUCUGUUAGUCUUCCUGUUACUCUUGUUUACUGGCCCACUUGAGUGACAAGCUAUUGACUUCUAAAAAAAAAAAAACAACCCAGCAUCAACUCUUUCCUGCCUUUUCCAGGAUGAAAUACUGGAGCUGCUGUAAAAGGAAAACAUCUGAUUUCAACACCUUCCUGUCUCAAGAAGGCUGCACCAAAGGGACGCAUUUAUGGAGGAAAAAAGAUGCGGUAGGUUUGACAGCGAAUGAUUGUGUGAAUGAGAGAGCCUCAGCUGUGACUCCAUCUAGUGGUGUAUGAAAAACACUCACCGGCUAAAGGAGAGAAUGUUUUCAGUGUUUGUCUUCUUGGACUCUCCCAGGGUACUAAAGUAGUCCCGUGCCGGUUUGACUGGCAUCAGACCGGGUCGCAGGUCAUCAUUUCCAUCUACGCCAAGAACGCCGUUCCAGAGCUGUGCUACGUGGAUGCAAACAGUACAAUGGUGAGGGUUACCUAAAUCACUGAAUAUCUUUUCCAAACUUUUCUUCACAACCUUAAUAUUUUAUUUUGUUCUUUCAGCUGAACAUCCACGUCAUAUUUGAAGGAGAGAAGGAAUUUGAGCAAAAAAUCAGCUUGUGGGGAGUAAGUACGGUCCCACAGCAUGACAUCUAGUACACAUAUUUAUGUCUUGACACGGUAUAGACAUAAAUACAGCACUUUUGUGAUUUCAGGCCUUUUGCAUCCUUGACUACCUGUUUGUAAAGCCAAACUGAGUCACACUCCCUCUUUUUCUCUGGCAGGUAAUAGAUGUGAGUAAAAGUGUAGUGAACAUGAUGGCUGCCAAGAUCGAGGUGGCCAUGAAGAAGUCCGAGGCCAUGUCAUGGGCUCGUCUGGAUCUCCCUCCUCCUGUCAUCCCAACCAAGGAGAGCGAGAAGAAAAAGGAGGAGGCCGACAGUGAAGACGAAGAUGAAUGAUGAUAAACUACUGUACAGCCAUAGUGUUUAUUUCAAUCUGAAUCCGAGGCCGAGCAGUCCAUUCCUUACCUCUUUGAAAAGUCACCUCUUUUGCUGUCAUGGAACUUUUAGUGCUUUUACCCGUUCGUUCUAGGAAGUCAUCCCUCUUAAAUUUUGCCCAUUUCCUCCGGUUUUGGCCUUUUUAUUGGUCAUUAAAUGGGUUUGAAUACUUAAGACUCAAAGUAUUUUUUACAAGAUUUUCACUCAAGUGCAGAAUGCUAAUAAGGGGAACACCGACUUUUAGUUCCUUUAAAUCAAGUGAGAUAAUGAAAAACUUAAUUGCACUGAAAUUCCUCAGAAAAAUAACGCACACAGUAGGACCAGAGUCAGGAAUGACCUGACUUGAUCUCAAACCCAUUAAACCUCUCAUCAUCGAGUCUUUCUGAUGGGCUCAGUUGGGUUAAAGCUUCAUUCCAGCCUUCAGUUUCAUUAAUUAAAUUUAAUUGCAUUAAAAUUAAUUGCACUGUUGAUCAUUAAAGGGAUAUUCUGGCAUAAAAUUAAGUAAGGGUCAAACACACCGUAACACCGAGUUAGACACCCCCUAGAGAGAUGAAUGUUGCCGACCUCUUGCUUCUCUAGUUAUACCAACUUUAGUAACGACCGCACGAUAGCGAUACACAGUGGUCUGAGGAGCCAUAAACAAACCUCAACCAAAACGCCACUUUAUAGCCACAAAUAAUGUUCAGAACAGCACCUAACUUCAUCAACACUACAUGUAAGGUCCUAGCCACCAAACAUCUUUUUAACUUUGUCUAAUUUCUUUAGCAAAGAGACUAAACACAACUCACCUACUCUCCUCCAGCAGCCGCUUAUUUGCACGGAGACCUCAGACGAGUCCAAACCGACUGCAGCGGGGUGACGCAGCUCAAGGAAAAACAUUUAUAAUCAUUACUUUAUCAUUUAAUUAUAAUCACCAUAUUAAUCAUUUUGCACUGGAGGCACGGUAGUUCUUCUACCUUUGCGUCUCUGUCUGAUUGCAUUUCCAUGAAGAAAUUAUCAUAAAUGUUCUUCCUUGAGCUGCGUCACCCCGCUGCCGUUGGUUUGGACUCGCCCUAUAUGUACUGUUGAUUCAGUUAGGUGCUGUUCUGAGCAUUAUUUGUGGCUUUAGAGUGGCGUUUUGGUUGAGCGCGUGGCUCCCUAGUCCACUGUGUAUUGCUAUCGUGUGGUCAUUACUAAAGUUGGUAUAACUAGAGAAGCAAGCGGUCGGCAACAUUCAUCUCUCAAUGGGGUGUCUAACUCGGUGUUACGGUGUGUUUGACCUCAAUUCCAAGCCAGAAUACCCCUUUAAUACUGUUGUUACAGAUAUAUUCCCUUGUCUGAUAAAGCUGCUUUGUGUAGUUUGAGUAGAAAAUAUGGAAAAUCUGAGGCGUCCACACAAGUAAAAAAAAAUUCCGUUAAUUCUGAAUAAACUCUUAUAAUAAGAAGUGAAACAUUUCCUUUCAUACACUCUGCUGGUGUCUCUCACCUUUCACAGUCAGAAUUGCAGAAUUCAACUUUUUAAAGUUUUUUUUUGUAUGUAUAUUUUGUACAAGAUUUUGCAUCCACCUGACUGACAUUGUAUUUAUCUCAUGUACUGUUCAACAGCAUAGUGCAGUUUCAAUUACGAGAAUGUACUGUAAUAUCUGAGAAUGCAAUCUAAGUACAAGGUACAGUACUUACAAGGUAAGCAUUGUAUCAGUAAAACGCUAUGCUGCCCAGCAUGACUCAAGGCUGAGAAUGUAUGAGUAUAUUUGGCUGAAUGGGGCCAUGACAUAAGGGUAUAAUGAACACGGAACCAAUUUAUCUUACCAAAAAAUAAACUUUUGUGUUGAACUAUUAAUGAAGGGA